AUGUGCCGCUUCAUGUCCGACUCGCCCGGCGCCGUUCCAACCCAAGGCCGGGUCGUGCUCCCUACAAAUGUCGUCCCGAAGCACUACGAUGUAACUCUCGAAGUUGACUUCGACAAGUUCACCUUCCAGGGAACUGUCAUUAUUGACCUCGACAUCGCCAAGGACAGCACCUCUAUUUCCUUAAAUACCUUGGAGCUCGAAAUCCACUCGACGACCAUUCACGCAGAUGGCGCGCUUGUAACUUCCUCCCCGACCCUCUCUUACGAUGCGGACACACAGACUACAGCCAUUGAUCUUGGCGAAGGCAAGUCCCUCUCCAAGGGUCAAAAGGUUCAAUUGAAACAUACGUACACUGGUCAAUUGAAUGACAAGAUGGCCGGAUUCUACAGGUCCAAGAGGAAGGAUGGGCAGUAUUUGGCAGUCACCCAGUUUGAGGCCACUGAUGCGAGGAGAGCGAUGCCUUGUUUCGAUGAGCCUGCCCUGAAAGCAGAGUUUACAGUCACAUUGAUCGCCGACGAGGGUAUGACUUGCCUGUCGAACAUGGAUGUUGCCUCGACCAAGGUUGUGCACUCGGAGAUCACCGGAGGGAAGAGGAAGGCAGUCAAAUUCAAUCGGUCACCCAGAAUGUCGACCUACUUAUUGGCGUUUAUUGUUGGAGAGCUGAAGUCCAUCUCUACGGACAAAUUCAGACUACCUAUCAAGGUGUGGAUGACCCCGGAGCAGAACGAGGAAGAUGGAAGAUUUGCGCUCGAAGUUGCUGCCAAGACUCUGGCAUUCUACGAGAAGGCGUUUCAAGCUCCCUACCCAUUGCCGAAGAUGGAUAUGGUGGCAAUCCCUGAUUUUGCCGCUGGUGCAAUGGAGAAUUGGGGUCUGGUCACUUACCGCGUGGUGGACCUCCUCUUCGACGAGAAGUCGGCGGGCGCCGCGACCAAGGAGAGAGUGGCAGAGGUUGUGCAGCAUGAACUGGCACACCAGUGGUUCGGGAAUCUGGUGACAAUGGAUUUUUGGGACGGACUGUGGCUCAAUGAAGGGUUUGCGACAUGGAUGAGCUGGUACAGCUGUAACGAGUUCUACCCGGAGUGGAGAGUGUGGGAGACCUUUGUGAUCGACACCUUGCAAUCGGCGCUGGGAUUGGAUGGGCUCCGAAGUUCUCAUCCGAUCGAAGUACCCGUCCAUCGUGCAGAGGAUAUCAACCAGAUCUUCGACGCCAUUUCAUAUUCCAAGGGAUCGGCUGUCCUAAGAAUGAUUUCGAAGUAUCUCGGUGAAGACGCCUUCAUCGAAGGGGUGAGGAGGUACAUCAAGAAACAUGCCUGGGGAAAUACACAAACCGGCGAUCUCUGGAACGCGCUGGGCGAGGCGAGCGGUAAGGACGUGGCGCACGUGAUGGACAUUUGGACGAAGAACAUUGGGUAUCCAGUCAUAACGGUGACUGAAAACGAGAAGGACGCGACCAUCACAGUCAAGCAGAACAGAUUCUUGCGCACGGGUGAUGUUAAACCAGAGGAGGAUAAAGUCCUCUACCCGGUGAUUCUCGGAUUGAAAACCAAGGAUGGGGUGGACGAGAGCCUAAUGCUCACUGAGCGGGAGCAGACGUUCGGCAUCAAGGGAGGGUUGGACUUCUACAAAUUGAAUGCAGACCACUCGGCGCUUUACCGGACGAGCUACACGCCACAGAGACUCGCAAAGCUUGGCGAGGCAGCGAAAAAGGGCCUGCUUUCGGUUGAAGAUCGAGCCGGCAUGAUCGCUGAUGCUGGUGCCCUUGCCGCUAGUGGAUACGGCAAGACAUCGGGCAUUUUGAGUCUUCUGCAAUCAUUCAAUACCGAGGCACAGUUUGUAGUAUGGAACGAGAUUCUCAGUCGGAUUAAUGCCGUGAGGAAUACCUGGAUCUUUGAGGACGAGUCGGUCAAAGAUGCUCUCAAGGCAUUCCAGCUGAAUUUGACCUCCGCAAAGGCGCACGAGCUGGGAUGGGAAUUUUCAGAGAAUGAAGACCACAUCUUGAGUCAGUUCAAGAGCCUGAUGUUUGGCUCUGCGGGCCUUGCAGGCGACGCGAAGAUCCAAGCCGCAGCAAAGGAGAUGUUUGGGAGGUUCAUGCAAGGUGACUAUUCGGCCAUCCACCCCAACCUCCGGUCGUCGGUAUUUGCCAUGGCAUUGAGAGACGGAGGAGAGAAGGAAUGGGAUGCACUGGUCGCUAGGUAUCUCUCUGCGCCAACCUCGGACGAAAAGAACACUUGUCUGCGAACUCUUGGCCGGGCAAAGAGUCCACAACUGAUCAAGAAGACGCUUGACUUUGCGUUGAGCGGACAAGUCAAGAUGCAAGACAUAUACAUGCCCAUUGGCGGCCUGGGAACGACUUCGGAGGGCAUCGAGAGAAGAUGGGAAUGGAUGUGCGCCAACUGGGAUGAACUUGUGGAGAAACUACCUCCCAGCAUGACGAUGCUGAGUAGUGUGGUCAGCAUCUGUGUGGCUGGCUUCACGUCUGAUGCACAAUUGAAGAAGGCUGAGGAUUUCUUUGGGGGUAAGGACAAGAAGGGAUUUGACCGCAGCUUGCAGCAGAGUAUGGAUAGCAUCCGGGCAAAGGCGAAUUGGUUGAAGAGGGAUGGGGAGGAUGUGCGGGGAUGGCUGAAAAGCAAUGGGUACUUGAGAGAAGGGGUUGUGGGGGGGAAGCUGUAG